AUGGAGAUUCUGCCUGACUGCUCCAACUGCGGCUUGGAGGAGGAGUCCACAGAGCAUGUCCUCCUCCGUUGUCGCAGAGCGAAGUUGAUCUGGAGGAUGGCGGGUAGCCAGCCAUGGGGUGCGAGCACUGGCCCCUGGCUCCCUUCUUUUCUGGAGGCCAUUCAACGGAGCGCUGGUGAUGGGCCAUCUGAAGCUUGCCAACUGGUGUAUAUUGCCUAUCAGAUCUGGUUAUCUCUGAACAACCUUAUUUUUUAUGCCGAGGAUGUGCUUGCUAAGCGCAUUCUGGAGAGAGCUUAUUACUUAGCUAUUGAGUAUCACCACUUCGACUCUGCUAGUUUGAUUUUAGCCGACCCAAGUUUCUGGGACUCCCUGACUCCCCCACCCUCCGAGUUUGCUAAGGUCAACUUUAAUGGCAGCGUUAAGGAUGGUAGAGAUGGUUCUGGAUUUGUCAUUCGGGAUCCAGAUUCGUGGAUAUUGGCUGCAAGGGGCUCACCACUUUACGAGGCAUCCGUGCCCAGUGCUAAGCUUCAUGCUGCAUGGGCUGGUAUCAUCUAUGCGAUCCGAAAACUGCGAGCGUAG